AUGGGCACGGUACCGUCCGCGCUGAAGCACUGCCUCAGUUAUCAGCACCUCCUCAAGGAGCAGCUGUGGAUCGCGGAGCCGUCCGCGGCCGCGCACCCCGCGCAGGAACCUCAAGCAUCUGGACUGCCUGAGUACAUAAAAAUUGUAGAAGUUGGGCCAAGAGAUGGAUUACAAAAUGAAAAGGUGAUAGUCCCAACUGGUACAAAAAUUGAGUUAAUCAACCAGCUUUCCAAAACAGGCCUGCCUGCAAUAGAAGUGACCAGUUUUGUUUCAUCCAAAUGGGUGCCUCAGAUGGCAGAUCACGAAGAAGUAAUGAGGGGCAUUGAACGGCAUCCUGGAGUCCAGUAUCCCGUUCUCACACCUAAUCUUCAAGGUUUUCAUUCUGCUAUUGCAGCAGGAGCUACAGAAGUCUCAGUAUUUGGUGCAGCAUCUGACUCUUUUAGCAAAAUGAAUAUUAAUUGUUCAAUUGAAGAAAGCAUAGAAAGGUUUGAAGAAGUCACUAAAUCUGCAAGGAGUAUGAAUAUUCCAGUGCGUGGGUAUGUGUCCUGUGCCUUGGGAUGCCCAUAUGAAGGAAAUGUUGUACCAGAUAAAGUAGCAGAAGUAUCGAAGCGGCUGUACAGUAUGGGCUGUUAUGAAAUCUCUCUGGGAGAUACAGUUGGUGUGGGGACACCAGGAAGUAUGAAAAAAAUGCUGGAAGCUGUUAUGAAAGAAAUUCCUUUGAGUGCUCUUGCUGUUCACUGUCAUGACACGUAUGGCCAGGCGUUAGCCAAUAUCCUCACAGCCAUACAGAUGGGAGUUGCAGUAGUGGAUUCAUCUGUUGCAGGACUUGGUGGUUGUCCCUAUGCAAAAGGUGCUACUGGAAAUGUAGCCACAGAGGAUGUGGUAUACAUGCUGAAUGGCCUGGGGAUCAAUACUGGAGUAAAUCUUUGUGCCGUGAUGGAAGCUGGAAACUUCAUCUGCACAGCUUUGAACAAGAAAACAAACUCAAAGGUUGCACAAGCUUCCUUUGGUACUGGAACUACCAAUUAA